AUAUUUUGAAUGUGUCCUUAGGAUGAAAUCAUAAAUGAAUUAUAAGUGGGUGUAAGUAUCAGUAUUCUUGUGUGCUAACUACUGCACAAUUUGAAUUUCUAUCUAUAUAUGAAUCAGUUCUGAUUCGUUCUUCUUAUAUAUUUUCUUCAUUUAUUAAAUUAACACAAAAGGUAAUAAUCAUAAUCAUAAUUAUAAACUAAACACAAUUAACUAUGACUUACUCAAAUGGUUGUAUGUACUGAUAUGUCUGUAUUCUUAUAUGUAUAUCUAUGUGCACAUAUAUACUACUGUGCAUGAGUACUUGGAAGGAUACAGUUUUUGUAUUAUUGACUGAUACUACUUAUUACAAUUUCUAUAUUGUCCAUUACAAAUAUUACUAUUAUUAUUACUAAGAUUACUUAGUAACUAUAUAUAUAUAUAGAGAGAGGAACCAUUCAUAGCAACUAUUAAAAGGGAUAUAUUUUUCCACUUGGAACAAAUUUACCUAAUGUAAUCUAUCUCUCCCCUAUCUAUAUCCAUAUCCAUCUACAUAUUAUUGAUUUUGUGUAUAACAUUCAUUCAUUUAGGUAUCAUUGUAUAGUGGUGACAUAAUCAUAAUCAUUUUUUUUUUAAAAACCAAGGCAACAAAAAAAGGGGGAUGGAUAAUCCACGGAAUCUUUUAUGUGAAUUAUUUUAUAAACAUUUAAAUAAUUCAAAUAAACAUUCAUUAUUAACACAAUUAAAUACAGAAUAUAAUCAAAUACAACAAAAUACAAUGUUUAAUUAUUUAUGUCAAUCAUUAUUAUCAAUCAAUUUUAUGGAUAUAAAUCAAAUAAAUUUAGAAAUUUUAAAUUUUUUUUUUGAAUUUUUAAAAAUGGCGCAAACAACCUCAUCUUCAUUUGUUUGUUUAAAUGAUAAAUCAUAUAUUCAAUUUUUAUUAUGUUAUAUUAAUAUAAUACAAAUGUAUUAUGAUUAUUAUAAUAAUAAUAAGAAUAUGAAUAAGGGUAAUAAUAACAAUAUAGAAGAAGCGGAAGACCUACGUGUUAUAAUCAAUAAAACAAAUAAUAUAUCAUCAUCAAUUGACCUAUUAGGAUUAUCAUUAUCUUUAUCGUCAUCAUCAUCUUCACCACCAUCGUCGUCGUCAUCUUCACCGCCAUCAUCAUCGUCAUCUUCACCGCCAUCAUCAUCAUCAUCAUCAUCAUCAUCAUCAUCAUCAUCAUCUUCUUUACCGCCAUCAUCAUCGAAUAUUAUUGAUUAUCAAAAGAAUAGAAAUGAAUCUCAAUUCCAUUCUAUUCCAUCAUCUAAUCAUUAUAUAAUGAAUUAUUCUAUGGAACAAUAUCCAAAAGAUACUCACCUAACGUCUAUUCAUAUACCUAUAAUGAAUGAAUUAUCUUAUAAUAUAAGUUCACAGAGUAUAGCAAUGAAUAAUAAUGAUUAUAAUAUACAUCCAUUAUGUAAUAAUGAAUAUAUUCAAAACUCUUUUGAAUUCAUUAACCGUCAAGAUGUUAAUUUGUUGAUGAAUAAUUCUUUGAAAGAUCAUUCAAUUCAUAAUAAUGAAUUCAAUAAAAGUCGAAUAAAAAAAGUCGCUUCUUUAGAUUUGAAACAUUUGAAGAGUUCCACGAAAAAGACAUUGAUAAAUAUAAUGAAGAAUAAAAUUGGAUCAGAGAAAUAUCAUAGAUCAUCUCGAAGAUCUACAGAUUAUAAAUCCCCGUUGGCACCAAAUCAAUAUCAAACAAAUCUGAGCCAAGAUAAUAAAAAUAACUCAGAUAUGCUUAUGUCUCCAGAUUCUUCUCCUACUAGUUCUUCAUUAUUGUCAUCAUGUUUCUCCCUUUCAUCUUUAUCAUCAUCAGCUUCAUCAUCAUCAUCAUCAUCAUCAUCGUCUGCGACUUCAUCUCCUAAAAGCUAUUUUCCAAUGCAUGAUAAACUGCUCAAUCUAAAAUCCCGAUCCUUUUCACUGAAACGAUCCCCAUUUAAAUUAUCACAAUUUUUAUAUUACCUACUCAAUAAAUCUGAAUAUAAUCCACAUUUAAUUUGUUGGGUAGACAAAUCACAAAAUAUGUUUAAAUUAGUCAAUAGUGCAGCAGUUGCUCAUUUAUGGGGUUUACAUAAACACAAACCAAAUAUGAAUUAUGAAACAAUGGGAAGAGCACUUAGGUAUUAUUAUGCACAGAAUAUUCUACGAAAAGUCAAAGGACAACGUUUAGUUUAUCAAUUCUUGGAAGAUUUUCAUAAAACUCAACAUCCUCCUACUACUACUGCUCCUACAAUAUCAUUUCCAUCUUCAUUCAUGACAACUACAGUGACAACAACUACCACUACAUCAAUAACAAAGAUGAUACCAUCACCUAUAACAAUAACAAACUAAACCAUAAUAACAGAAUUUUCGGAAAGGAAUACAAAACCCAAUAUAAUUACACUUAAUUAAUCUCCUAUUCCGGUAUCUAUGACUUUAUUUCAGAGAAAAAAAUAUGUUUCUGAUCAAACAUUUAGGCAUUUUAUUUAAUAACUAUGAUGACUACUACUACUUACUUACGCCUGUUACUCCCGAUAGAGCAUAGGCCGUCGCCGCUGAGGACGAGCACUACUACUAUUACUACUAAUCAUUCUACUAUCUGAAAAUCUAAGUUAAAAUAACAAUCAUGAUAUCAAAAGUAAAACUGACUAUAAUUUACACUUAAAAGGUCUAUUGAUCAUUAAUUUGUUUAUGUUAAUGUUUCCAACCAUCCAAUUCUUUUACUGUAAAUGUGCUUAUAAUUACAAUGACAUUCAGAAAUAUAUGAUAUUACAUAUG